UUCCUCAUUGCAACCGCAGUCAUGCUUCUAGUGCUCAUCAAGCAGAUCAUGGAUGCGGUGGGCAACACAGUGUUUUACAGCGGCAAUCUCUACCACAACCCGGCCUUUGAUUGGUCACCUGCCAUGUCCGCCCUUGUUAUCCACGCCGGCAAGCUGGAUGAGGCCAGUCUCGCGCUAUCCAUGGAGCCAAUCACACGAGCCUACGUCUUCCCCCACCUGACAAAACUCCUGAAGCAGACCCCCUGGGCGCCCUUCCCCAAGCCCCCAACCCGCUACGCACGCCAGGUGGACUGGUGGGCGUUCCUAUUCCACUGCGCCAUCAUCCUCGUGUGGGAUACACUCUUCUUCCUCCCGGCGGCUAUCAUGUCUGUGUGCUCUCACAUCAUUGCGCCCAUUGUCACGGGGACGAUUCAGAAGAUGGUGGUGACGAUCAGCUUUGGGCUGUCUGCCGGGGAUUUGAACCACGCGUAUAUUUAUGUGGACGAGCAUCUGGAUUUAAAUCUCGCCACUCAGCAAGUCGACCAAUGGAAUGUGCAGAAUCUGCUGGCAGAGGCGAAGACCAAGUCACUCAAGGGAGAGUUGAUGCCCGGCUAUGAGGACGACACCGUGGAGCAACCCGAGUGGAUGGAGCCCGUAUCGCACUCCCCCCAUCCCCACGCCUCGCGCUCUCCCCUCCGCUCUCCCCGCUCUGCUGCUGCUGCUGCGACGUCUGUGGAGCUGAACCAGAGCAAGGACGGGGUGCACAAGCGCAAGGGGUUUCGGGAAGUGGUGGAAAUGCAACUUGCAGGGGGUGGUGAGUCCGCUCAGAAGCCACCUCGGAAGGGGUUUCGGGGUGUGGUGGAGAGGCGAAUGGCAGGGAGAUGUGGCACCAAGGCAGGAGGGGAUGAUGAACAUGGCCGCAUCGCUACCCCGCCUGCUAUGGAAGAAGCAGCAGCAGUGGCGGAGGAAAUGGAGGAGGGGGGGCCCUCUGAGACACAUCCGCACCCAAGCUCUCAAAAGGAGAGAAUGGUGUCUGUGCAAGAAGCACCAGAGGACAGCGGCAAGGAGAAGCUGGUAUACGAGUUUCUGUGGGACGAUCAGGAGCUGGCAGUGAUGGCAGAGCAGUCGCAGACCUUCCAGCGGCUCAAGUCCCAAAUGAAGAAAAUCGGCCGCAACCCGCGGCUGAGCGAGCGCGAGUUUGAGCGGCAGCUGCAGCAGCUGUGCGUGAUGAUUGAGGAGCGAAUUGGAGAGCUGACCGGGCGGUUUGACUUGAAUCAUGGGGCGUAUUUCAGAGACCCGCGCAUCCUGCGUGUGAUUGCGCAUUUCAUUGAGAAAAGGGAGCUUCCGGAGUGGUCCAAGGACAUGGAUGGGGAUAUCUGGCGGUGGAAUGAGAACUUAGCUAAGAUCCAGUCGAAGCAGCUGCAGCAGAUGGCAAUUGGGAGCAGCUCGGGAAGAGCAGGGGGAGUGGGAGGAGCAGGGGGGGUGGGAGAUGGGAAGGAAGGAGGUGAGGGAUCAGGAGAGGGAAAGAGCCGAACUGCUAGGCUGAAAUCGAUGCUGAAGAACAUCCGUGGGGGGAGUUACAGGGAAGGGGGUGGGAGCAGGUCCAGAGCGGUGAAUCUGGCGGAUAUAAGUGAGCUUGCGGAGGGAGCGACUAAAGGAGCGACGAAAUUGGCGGAAGGGCUGUUAGGUUCGGGUGGUUUCCGUAGCAAGGCUCCGAGCUUCGGCGUGCCUGGGGUGGCUUUUGCGAGCGUGAAUCCCAAAGCUAUCACAGCUCCGGGUGAAAAGGCAGGUUCACCGGUUUGA